UAUGUUGGUUUGUUUCAACAAUUAUUCAAGGGGGAAUGACACACCCUUUCGAACCCUAAAAAAUCUCCAAUUUAAAUUGAAUCUUCCCUCAUUCUCUCUCUCACAAUUCAUCCCUCUUACUGCGCUGUAAGAGAAGAUCUCUCUCUCUCUCUCUCCGACCUAGAUUCCCUCUCAAUUGUCUGAAAAAUGGUUGGUGCUAAGAAGCUCUCAUCAUCACCCGCCAAGACUGAACCUUCAACUGUCUCUGGGAAGGAUAAGGUGAGCAAUGGUGAAGAGUUGGUGGGUUCAAGGGUUAAAGUUUGGUGGCCGAUAGAUCGCAAAUUCUACAAAGGAGUGGUUGAUUCGUUUAACUCCCGCACUAAGAAUCAUCGGGUUUUUUAUGAUGAUGGUGAGAAAGAGAUCUUGGAUAUGAACAACGAGAGGUGGGAGUUAGUUGGAGAAGAUGAUGAUGAUGAUGAGGAUAAUGCUGAUGAGGACAAAUCUGACGAUGAGAUCGCUGAUGUUAUCCCAGAACCGACGAACAGGAAGUCUGCUAGGACAAAUGGUGUCAUGGGGGAUAUUGGUGGGAAGAUGGUAGCAGCGGCAUCGCGUCUUAGGUCAUGCAACAAGAUUUCUGAAGCUACCAACGGGAAGAAGAAAGGGGCUUCUUCAUCUCCAUCGGAGGCUGUCUCUGAAAAGGAGGCAAAACCUAUGGCUUCCUCUACGAAGAGCAAGAGGAAGAGGACUGAUGAUGAAAAGGUGGGUGAUGAUGAGCAUGCAUCUGACGAUGAAUCCAAGCCUCUGCAGAUUUUGGUUGAUAAGUUGAAGGGCAAGAAGAAGAAGAAGGAGGAGAAGGAAGCUCCCAAGGAAGAAGCUGAAGCGGGUGAAGAACUCAAGGAAGAAGCCGAAGAGGGUGAAGAACCCAAGGAAGAAGGGGAAGAGGAAGAGGGUGGACCCAAGGAAGAAGAGGAAGAGGAAGAGGAGGAAGAGGGUGAAGAGGCUUAGACAACAGUUGCGCGGUCUGUCUCUAUGUGGAAGUACUGUAGAAGAGUUUUUAAUUUAUACAGCUGAGUCUUAUUUGGUUAAAAGUAUAGGACUUUGUAGGGAUUUUAGGCUAUGUUGAUUCGAAAAUUGUGCAGCCAUAGGGGUUGAUGAGGUAAAGCUAAUCUGUUGAACUAUGAUUUGUGAAUCAAUGUUUACCAUUUAUUUAGUCGCAGCCCCUCUCUGAUAUUGAA